GAUUUCCUUUAAGUGCCUGUUUUACAGAAGACCAAAACUUAUUUCCUACCAAUGAACAUCUGUCAAGAAUCUCUCUCCAUCUUCAAGCCAAUGAAUUUACUGCUUGGACUCUGGCUAGACUUCCGUUUCUUUGUAUUCCUUGCCCAUAAACAUAGCUCACCCCCAACUCUCAUCAAACUCUCCUGCAGCUUGUUAGUUUGUUUCCAGAAUUGCAAUUCCUCUGCUAUUCCCAAAUAAGCUCAACUUUUGGUAAUUCAAGCUUGCCUCAGUUUAUCUCUUUAUUUAGGUCAAAAGAUAACAAAUUGGAAUGUAUUUUGAAAAAGAACAGUAUCUGUCAGGAUCCAACAAGGAAAGCAGAAAACAUUAAAAGGAAUUUAAUGGGGGAAAUUGGAUGUAUAGGUCACAGAAAGGCUGAGAAACCAGAGAUGACAACAGCAGAAAACCAUCAACACCUAUCUAGCCGAAGGUAGAGGAGGCUCUGAGAAAGAGCAGGGCAUGUUGAAGCCAUUUCAGGACAGAUCUGGAGUUAACUGUAAUGUGGAUGAGCUUAUCAGAGGGAUGACAAUGAAUCAGGAACCCGGGGGAGGUGAACCAAAAAUACAUGACAAGGGCACCACCAAAAACUCUUGGUGGGCAUGGGGCUUGAAGGAGUUAAGAAUAUUACCAGGCCUGGGCUCAAAUGGGGAACAGAAGAAAAGCAAGUUGGUGGAAGUGAGGGGGUUAACUAUAUGAACUCUGUAGCUUUCCCAAAGAAACCUCCUAAAUCCUCCAAGUCUGAACAUUUAAAAAAAAUUAAACUUAACUGUAAAUUAGCAAGCAGUUUAAGAAAUAAUAGUGAUCCCGUGAGCCCUUUACCUGGUUCCUACCGAUAGUAACAUCUUGUAAAAACUAUGGCACAACACGACCAGGAUACUGACAUCCAUAAGAUGAAGACACAGUACCGGAGCAUCUCUCUGCUUGUUAGGUGAGAUGCUGCCCGAUUCAUAAAUCGUUUAAUAAAGCCAAUUAGACCUUCAAAUUUAAAUUAAAAAGAUACCGACAGUUCCAUCAUGAAUGUCCCUAUGUAGCCACACCCCAACAUUCAUGCUGACAUAUCUAUCCUGGCCCCAACAGCGCCUACAGCCAGCAAUGAAAAUUGGGCACUAGCUGGGUAAAUGCAGACGGACAGGCAGGGCCUCCAGCCCAGGUUCCGGGGAGACAUCAGAAGUCCGUAGGCGCUGCCCCGCCCCUUCCGCCACAGCCGACCAACAGGUGCCGGAUGGGCGCGCCCCUUCUGUCAGGAGCCGAGGAGAACCGGAAGUGGGAGGCAGCACUUCUGUUCCGCGGCCGCUCGGCCCAAAAUGGCAGACCUCCACCGCCAGCUGCAGGAGUACCUGGCGCAGGGGAAAGCGGACAGGCCGGCGGCCACCAAGCCGCUGCUCGCCGCGGAAAAGGCGGAGGAGCCCGAGGCUGGGGACGGGCCGCUGGGGGCGUGGCUGAGCCGCGCAGGCCUGCGCUGGACGUGGGCGCGGAGCCCCGCAGAGCCGGCGGCGGGCCCAGCUUGCCUGCUGAGCGUGACGCGCACGCAGCAGCUGGCGGCGAGUGGCGUGUGCCUGCUGCUGGCCGCACUCUGCUUCGGCCUGGCCGCGCUCUACGCGCCCGUGCUACUGCUACGCGCCCGCAAGUUCGCGCUGCUCUGGUCGCUGGGCUCGGCCCUGGCGCUGGCGGGAGGCAUGCUCCUGCGGGGCGGCGCGGCGUGCAGGCGCCUGCUGUGCGGCGAGGAGGCGCCGUCGCGGCCCGCGGUUUUCUACGUGUUUGCGCUGGGCGCCACGCUGUACGCCGCCCUGGGUCUGCGGAGUACGUUGCUCACCGCGCUGGGCGCCUGCGCGCAGGUGGCCGCGCUGUUAGUCGCGUUGUUGGACCUGCUGCCACGAGGCACAAGCACCGCGCUACGCCUAGCGCUCGGGCGCCUGGGCCCGGGCCCCGGCCUCGCCAAGGCGCUGCCCGUGUGAUAAGCCCGGGACGCGCCAUCGGGGAGAGAUGCGGGGCCAGCCCCCGGGACGCGCUGUCGGAAGAGGACGCGGGGCCAGCGCCGGCCUAGCCAAGUUCCCAGACCACGCAGACUGUGUCUUUCCUGUGCCAUCGAAUCUGUGAACUUGGAGCGGCUGUUACAAAACUGAGACACAGUCAGUUUCGGAAGAUGCUGUUUCAGCGUUUUGUUCUGUAUUCGGUAGCUUGUGCACUGCAAACGAUAUUUGGUCGUUUGAGUUGGUGAUAUGCUGUGAAAUUUUAAGAUAAAUUGUUUUUGCGUUAACCGCGGUCUUAAGUCAAGCCCAGCCGAAAAAAAAAAAAGGCUCUUCAGUUUUAAUUAGCUGCCUUUUUGACUUUCUCACUUUCGUUAUUUUAAAAAUCCAGUGGUAGAUUGUAGUUUAGCUACGAUAAGCUUUUUUUAAUCCCCUUUGGCUCUUGGAAAUUAUUUUCUCCCAUUCUUCAAAGUUCAUAAAGGUAUCGGAUUAAAUUUAGACAUCGGACUUUUUAAAAGUACUUUAGUUAAAACGGUUUAUCUCGUUUUUUUCUUUUAGUGGAAUUGUAAAUAUGAUGCCUUAUAAAGUCAGAAAAAAACUGAUUCUGUAUUGACGAAAGCGAUGGACUAAAACGGACAUCUUCUGCCCCAAGAAGUAUGGUAUCCAGUAAGGUACAUGUGAGUGCUUUGAGAGGUCCCUGGGCAGAACGAGGGGAUCCCUAGGAGAAAGGAAGAUAGUUCUGCAUUCAGAGUCCCCACGUUUAAUGGAAUCCAUGGGUUUCUACAGGGUUUAACUAUAAUUCCUAAUUUUAUGAUCUGAACGUUAAUUUACACUUUGUGGGGCAAUCCUAAUGUAAGAUGCUUUUCAUAUCUGAUUGCCAAGUUUCUAGGUUGAGCACUUACUUUCAUCUAUGACUUUAUUGCACACCUUAUUUUAUUGCCAGAAAUUUGGUCUCAGUAUUCUGAUGACUCUAAAAAACUACAUGUUUUGUCACUAGCUAUAUAUUAACUAGAAAGUAAAAUGUAUUUAGAAUUUUAACAUUCUAUUUUGGUGGUUCUCAGUUCACAUCAGAAUUGCUAAAAGAGCCAAAUCAGAUCAAUGCCAUUAGAAUCUCUGGGGGGUGGGACCCAGCUACCAGUUAUUAUUUUUUUAGAGCUCUCCAGAUGAUUCCACGUUCACCUAAGAUUGAGAACCACUCUUCUGUGCCUCAGAUCGCACAGUUUGAAAGCUGUCUCCUGGGGCUGGAUUCCAGUGUUGCCUAAGCUAAGGUGUGUUGGGCAGCAGCAGAGCACUGCCGCUGCUUUUGCCUCGAAAUGUACAUUCUAGGUUCUUGAUGAAUGUCCUAAGCCCUGCUUCAAGAAGUGACAGUGAAGUGACUGACGUGCACUGUAAGCUUACAGGCAGGCUGCUUCACACACUUCCUCACCCACAGUAUUCUCUAAGAACACUGCCUUGUUCUGGGAUCAGAAAACAGGAUUACCUACCUCAAGAGGAACAACCAAGAGGGUGUUUGUAAGAGCAAAUACACUGUUUUCAGGGAGAAAUUUAUUUUUUUAACUAGAAAAACUUGUGUCACGCCUGCUCGUUCUACCCCUAACUAAAUAGGUUCUAAUUCUAAAUUUCUCUAGAACGUGCAUGGCUGAAGAUUUUACAGUGUUAAUUAGCACAUUUUUAUGUUGAUCCUACUAUAUUUCUAAAAACUGUUUCCCCAACAUUUUCUCAAGAAUUCAACCACUGAAAAUCUAGCUUUUAUAGAAUUCAAAGCAGAAUUAUCUUGUAUUUUGACAGUGGUAUUUUAAAAUGCCUAUAUAUAUGUAUGUGUGUGUGUGUGUGUGUGUGUGUGUGUGUGUAUAUGUAAUGUAGAGAUGUCAGUUUUUUCUACAUGUAUUCCUUCUCAAAAUGUGAUCUGGUUAUCUGCUUACUGAGGUACUGUGUUUUAAAGUUAAAGCCUAAAAUGUUAAGAUGAUAAAAGUCUUAUUACCACAUGAAUCUCAGAAAAAGGAGCCUAACCUUGAUGGGGCUUUGGUUUCUGGGUCCCUUUUCAGCUUAGAAUUUGAUUACAACUUCUUUUUAAGCUAUACAGUGGAGGGCAAAUAAAGACUCUCCACAAACCUAAAGCAAUCUUGAGCCUCCUAAUCAUGUUUUUACAAGUGAGAUGCUGAUAAGACUGCCUUAAACACUGGUAUUUCCAUAUAGCUAGCAUGGAAGAGAAAGAAGUUAAAUUUUGCAAAAUUGUUUUUAGAUAUUUUGGUCCAUUCUUUUCCAACUUAAACAAUUUAUGAACUGAUUCACAGUAACCAAAAGGGUACAUGUAGUUAAUUCCUGGAUUAUGUCAAGUUCCUCUCGUCAGUAACAAGGCACCUCAAAUCUAAGGUGUGAUUACUAGAUGCACCCAAGGAAGAUCGCCUUCAUGGAUAACCAGAAUAUUUUUUUCUUCAGAGUAUAAUUUUCCAUCUGCCAGAGCACAACUAAGGCUUUGAAUCUACUUCAAACUAUGUUAUCGUUUAAGGUAUUUCUCACUCUAUUACAGAAAUAACUGACAGAAUGGCUAGAUGAGAAUUUGUUUAAAAACAAAAAGUUCACAGAUGAA